AUGACUAAAGUUCAUUAUUGCAAACGUCCAGACAACAAUACAAAGUCGUGUAAGGCGCGUGGUUCUGACUUGCGUGUUCACUUCAAAAACACGCAUGAGACUGCUAGAGCGGUCAAAGGGAUGCCAUUGAAAAGAGCCAUUCGCUUUUUGGAGAAUGUUAAGGAAAAGAAGGAGAUUGUUCCUUUUCGUCACUUCAAUGGUGGUGUUGGACGGAAGGCGCAGGCUAAAGCCUGGGGUACAACUCAGGGACGCUGGCCAAAGAAGUCUGCGGAAUUUCUCUUACAACUCUUGCGAAAUGCUGAAAGCAAUGCUGAGGUUAAAGGACUCGAUGUUGACCAUCUUGUGAUUGACCAUAUUGUGGUGCAAGCUGCAGCAAAAAUGCGCAGACGCACAUAUAGGGCUCAUGGACGUAUAAACCCUUAUAUGAGCUCGCCUUGCCAUAUUGAAGUCAUCUUAACUGAGAAGAAGGAAAUCGUUUCUAAGCCUGCUGGAGCAAUUGUUAAGGUGAAGAAGGAGUCUAAGAAAAAACAGCGACGACAAUUGGCCCGUGGCGAAUACUAAAUGGAAGGUGGAUUUAUUUUUCAGAAAAUGUUAUGUUGUUAUUGAGGCUUGUUGAUAAAAAUUAAAUUUAUUAAGUUUUUUAGUUCUGGUAAUAAUUUUAAAGUUUUAGAACAGAGUGGGAACGGCACACGACCUUGAACGGAACUCGUUACUCCUCGACAUAAUCUCAAAAAUUUUAACGGAAAUUUUCUUUUCAUUUCUUUGAUAUACUGCCCAUUUUUUCUAAAAAAUUUUACGGCAUUCCCAAUUUUAAAUGGAGUCCUUUGAUAUCUUUCAGGGUAUUGAGCUAAAAUAAUUUAAAUGUAAAUCAAGAUUUGGUAUUAGCUUAUUGUUAGUUUCCCAUUAAAAUAGGUCAUUUUACGAAAUAAUAUUCAUUGUUUUCUUUUAAAAGCUCUUUUUUAUUCCUUUAAGUUUUUUAUUUUCUAUUUGAUACUUUCCCAUUAAAUCAACCCCUCAUUGUCAGCUUUUCUUAAAUCCUAUCAGUUAGGCUUUCUACUGCGUUCAUUACUAAUAUAUUUACAUUUUAUCUACUUCCUACUCUUUCAAACUCAGCUCAUCCUUCCUUGUUUUUAAUCCUUUGCCCAUUUAUGAAUA